AUCAAUAUUAUAAUUCUGAUGAAAAUCAAAACCCUAGCUGCUUUAAACUCAGUUGGUCAAUUUUGCUGGUUCCCAAACAGUUUUAUCUGUUUUGCUUGUUGAAGCCGAUCCCAAAUAUAUUGGAAAAAUAGGUAAAGAAGGAUAGAGGAGCUCGUGUUUUCUCCCACCUAACUCCAGAGAGUCGACUCUAGCCUAUCUGUGGAGCCUACCUUUUCUUUUGGAUUCUAGGGUUAACGUUUUUUGAUUCCGAUUGCUCAGCCAGGUUUCUCGAUUCUUUGUGUAUAGCUCGAAGAAGGCUGGUGAUGUUAUUAGAGUAGUUAGGAUAUAAUAGAUGGUAUAGGGAGUUAUGAGAUUUACUUCCGCACGUUCUGGUGUUGGUUUUGAUCUCUGUUAUAGACGGAUUGAAGAGAAUUUUUCUCAUUUAAGAGGUUAAAAUGCCACCUCCAUAUUUUUCAAGGCUUAGAUCUGCCGUUCAGAGAUCUUUUGUAGGUGAUGAUGGUGCCCUCCAGGACUCCGUAACAGUUUUAUUUGGGAGGGGGAGAUCGCUUUUUGAAAAUUCUAGAUUGUUUUCCAGAUCAUUAUCAAGUCUUUCGGAUCUUGAAGCACUUUUACGACCGGGCAGUGUUGUUGCUGCUAGCACAGCUUCACAAUUAGUUAAUCAUAGAAAGAACCUUUCUGUUGUUGGAGCUAUUUCACGCACAUUCUCUAUACCAUCAGUGUCAGGGCCUUCACUUCAGGUCUGUGGGUAUCACUUUGAUUGCCUCCUAUCUGACCCUAAUCAAUUUUCAAAUAAGGAAAAGUUGAACAGACCUAUGGCUGUCUCUGGUUCUAGAGUUGUAUUUGGUGAAAUUUACGUAAGUAAUUUGACAUCAAGGCUUGAACACCGCCUGCCAAUAACUGAUAGCAACAGUGUAAUAUACAGCAGCAAAAACAGAAGUUUUGACAGCUGCCAAAAAGCUACCAUGAGUAUGAAAAAUCGUGGGCAACCCAACAAUAAUGCAAUCUAUGGGUAUUUCGUAUAUGAAGUUGGGAAAAGGUGGUUUGGUUCCUACCCAGUUAUUGAUUCAGGAUCAAAAGAGUUUCACAGCUCAUCUUCUUCAUGUUUCUCUGCUGGGCCUGCUCAUGAUGUGUCUUUUGACAAUUCUUCCCGUGAGGAGCAACCCUCUAGCUCUGCAGAUUCAUCUUAUCAGGACAGUAAACCUGGAAAGGCUCUAAAACUGGUCUCAGCAUCAUGCUAUUUACCCCACCCAGAUAAGGAAGAAACUGGUGGCGAGGAUGCUCACUUUAUCUGUGUUGAUGAACAAGCAAUAGGGGUUGCCGAUGGUGUUGGUGGCUGGGCAGAUCAUGGUGUUGAUUCAGGACUAUAUUCCCGAGAACUCAUGUCUAAUUCAGUAACUGCUGUGCAAGAAGAACCCAAAGGAUCUAUUGACCCAGCCAGGGUUUUGGAGAAAGCUCACUCAAGUACUAAAGCAAAGGGUUCUUCCACAGCAUGCAUUAUAGCACUUAAUGAGCAGGGUAUUCAUGCCAUUAAUCUAGGUGACAGUGGGUUUAUUGUGGUCCGAGAUGGAUGUACAAUCUUUAGAUCCCCAGUGCAGCAGCAUGAUUUUAAUUUCACUUUUCAAUUGGAAAGUGGAAAUAAUGGCGAUUUACCUAGCUCUGGUCAGGUUUUUACAGUACCUGUGGCUCCCGGGGAUGUCAUAAUUGCUGGAACUGAUGGACUAUUUGACAACUUGUACAACAAUGAGAUUACAGCAGUAGUAGUGCAUGCCAUGCGAGCUGGCUUAGGGCCUCAGGCAACUGCUCAAAAAAUAGCAGCAUUGGCACGUCAACGAGCACAGGACAAGAACAGACAGACGCCUUUUUCCACAGCUGCUCAAGACGCUGGUUUCCGGUACUACGGGGGAAAGCUUGAUGAUAUCACUGUUGUUGUUUCGUAUGUGGCUGGUUCUAGCGACAAAUGACCACUCUUUUGUUCUUCUCUCUACUUGAUGUAUAUACUUUGAGGAUCUUCAGCGUUACUGAAACUCCACUUGCCAAGGGCAGGCUAUAUUCGCAGAGAAGCUGGAUGGAGCCAUGUCAAUCCGCUCAACUUCUUCACGAAAAUGUCAUAAUACAGUCCAAUCUGUAAGUGUGCAUGGAAAGUUGAUAAUCCCAGUAACAUUGAAGAUGAUCAAAGAGACACUCUAUAGUUGAUGUAUAUGGUAUACUCUCCAUGUAUUCAUUUUUAUUUUUUGUAGAGUCGAAGACUCCUCUGGCGGUUUAUGUUGUACACUUGUCCGUUGUUGUAAAAGCGGGAUGUUUUUUUCUUUAUAGAUUUAGUUUUAGUGUAUGAUGUAGACAAUAGAGCAGUCUCAAUGGUUAUCUUUUCUAGCUUUUUAA